ACUCCGUUAGUCUAUUGCGAGACGGUCCGAUUGAUAAGGUGAUACCGAUUUGUUAAGGUCGUGGCAGGCAUGGCGCUCAGUAAAGAUCUUCCCGAUAUAGAGAAUUUGCUUGCUCUAAACCCUAGGCCCCUGCAACAUGCAAGCCUCGUUCCAACUGCCACGACUAAGAAAAGCAGGCAGCAUUGGAAGAGAAAUGCUGACAAAGGAUGCUCGACAUGUGUACCAAAGGAGAAGAAUUUCAGUGAUAUCAAACACACAACCCUAAGUGAGAGGGGUGCUUUGAAAGAGGCAGCUAGGUGUUUGAAAUGUGCCGAUGCUCCCUGUCAGAAAAGUUGUCCAACGCAACUUGAUAUCAAGUCAUUUAUCACUAGCAUUGCCAAUAAGAACUACUAUGGUUCAGCAAAGGCAAUCUUCUCCGACAAUCCCCUGGGUCUCAGUUGUGGUAUGGUGUGUCCAACCAGUGACCUGUGUAUGGGAGGCUGCAACCUAUAUGCCUCUGAAGAAGGGCCUAUUAACAUUGGAGGACUACAGCAGUAUGCUACAGAGGUUUUCAAGACUAUGAAAAUCCCACAAAUCAGGGACCCAAGUCUUCCAUCGGUUAAAGACCUUCCCGAGAGCUACCAGGCAAGGAUAGCCCUGCUUGGGUGUGGACCAGCCAGUAUCAGUUGUGCCACGUUCCUGGCUAGGUUGGGCUACUCUGAUGUCACCAUCUUUGAAAGGGGCAAAAUCAUAGGUGGACUGAGUUCUACUGAAAUCCCACAAUUUCGUCUGCCAUAUGAAGUGAUCGAUUUUGAAGUUGAACAGAUGAGGGAUCUUGGUGUCAAGAUCCAACUUGACACAGCACUUGGUAAGGAUGUCAGCUUAGAGUCACUGAAGAAGGAUGGAUAUGAAGCAGUCUUCCUUGGGAUUGGACUGCCCAGUGCCAAAAAGAUCCCCAUCUUUGAGGAUCUCACUAUGGAAAUGGGCUUCUAUACGUCUAAGGAGUACCUUCCCUUGGUAGCAAAGGCCAGUAAGCCAGGAAUGUGUGCUUGCAAAGCUCAACUUCCAUCGCUGAGGGGGAAUGUAGUGGUCCUCGGAGCAGGAGACACGGCAUUUGAUUGUGCAACAUCGGCAUUGCGCUGUGGAGCGAAGAGAGUGUUCAUCAUCUUCAGGAAGGGUUUUACUACCAUCCAGCCAGUACCGGAAGAGAUGGACUUGGCUAAAGAAGAAAAGUGUGAAUUCCUACCGUUUCUGUCUCCAAGUAAAGUGAUUGUGAAGAACGGAAAAAUCACCGCUAUGGAGUUUUUCCGGACGGAGCAGGAUGAUGAUGACAAGUGGAUCAUUGAUGAGGAACAGCAGAUCAGAUUGAAGGUUGAUUUCAUCAUCUCCGCAUUUGGAUCCGCUCUGAAGGACGAUGUUGUUCGCAAGGCAAUGGAGCCUCUCAAAUUCACCAACUUUGGACUACCAGAGUGUCACCCGGAAACCAUGCAGUCGAGUGAGCCUUGGGUGUUCUGUGGUGGUGACCUUGGAGGUGUCGCCCAGACGACAGUUGAGUCAGUCAAUGAUGGCAAGCAGGCAUCCUGGCACAUGCAUAGAUACUUACAGUCACUCCAUGGGCUUCCAGUCCCACCAGAACCUAAGCUCCCACAGUUCUUUACUCCAAUCGACUUGGUUGAUAUCAGCGUUGAGCUCUGCGGACUUAAGUUUGAGAAUCCGUUCGGCCUGGCCAGUGCCACUCCUACAACGUCUAGCCCAAUGAUAAGACGAGCAUUUGAAGCUGGAUGGGGUUUCUCAUUGACCAAAACUUAUUCUCUUGAUAAGGACAUCGUCACGAACGUCUCCCCACGUAUCGUGCGUGGCACGACCUCGGGUCAUAUGUUUGGACCAGGACAAGGAUCCUACCUCAACAUAGAACUCAUCAGUGAAAAGACGGCCGCGUACUGGUGCCAGAGCAUCAGAGAACUGAAGAGGGACUUCCCGACCAAGAUCGUCAUUGCCAGCAUCAUGUGCGCUUACAUUAAAGAGGACUGGGUAGAACUUGCUAAAAUGUCUGAGGAUGCCGGGGCAGACGCCCUUGAACUGAACUUGUCUUGUCCUCACGGAAUGGGAGAAAAGGGCAUGGGCUUGGCGUGUGGCCAGGAUGCUGAACUAGUGCGAAACAUUUGCCGCUGGGUGCGGGAGGCGGUAAAAAUUCCAUUCUUUGCAAAGCUUACGCCAAAUGUAACCAACAUAGCUGUCAUUGCCAAGGCUGCUUAUGAAGGAAAGGCAGAUGGUGUGACAGCAACAAACACUGUGUCUGGUUUAAUGGGCCUGAAGCCAAGCUCAGUAGCGUGGCCAGCUGUUGGCAAGAAGCAGUUGACUACGUAUGGUGGCGUGUCUGGUAAUGCCAUUAGACCCAUCGCUCUCCGGGCUGUGUCAUGCAUCGCUAAGGAGAUACCAGACUUCCCAAUCCUUGCAACUGGUGGCAUAGAUUCUGCUGAGGCUGGACUGCAGUUCCUCCAUGCUGGGGCUUCGGUUCUCCAGGUUUGCAGUGCAAUUCACAACCAAGAAUACACCAUUGUUCAGGAUUACAUAUCUGGUCUUAAGACUUUGCUGUACCUGCGAAGCGUCGAAGGACUGGAGGACUGGGAUGGUCAGAGCCCUCCCACUGCUGCUCAUCAGUUAGGGAAACCUGUCAUCAGGGUGGCCGAUAUCAUUGGAAAGAGCCUUCCUAACUUUGGACCAUACAAAGAAGAGAGAAAUGCCCUAAUCAGCGAGAAGAUUGUCUCCUCUGACCUGUUGGAGAAAAAGCUUGCCCCGGUCCGACCAGCCAACCCAGUCAAGAAGUCUGUGCCUGGAGUCAAGGACAUGAUUGGCCUAGCUGUGCCGCAGAUCGGAGCUUAUAAUGAUCUCAACAACAAGGAACAAGUGGUGGCUUUGAUUGAUGAGGAGAUGUGUAUCAACUGCGGGAAAUGUUACAUGACAUGUAAUGAUUCAGGAUACCAGGCAAUCACCUUCGACCCACAGACCCAUCUUCCCCAUGUCACAGAGGAAUGCACUGGUUGUACCCUCUGUGUGUCUGUCUGCCCCAUCAUUGAUUGUAUCAAGAUGAUUGAUAGGACGACCCCUUAUGUACCUAAGCGUGGUGUACCACUUGGUGUGACAGCUCAGGAGGCGUUGAGAAAUAGGGCAAGUGCUGUAAUGGUCAUGCAGUAGGAAGGACACAAGGUCACAAUUUGGCCUCAAGGAUGUCAGUGAGAUUGGUGGAUCUACCUUAAACCUAGUCUGUAUGUAGCUACAUCAAGAAAAUGGUCACAAUCUGGCAUCGUCUCAUCGCAUCGAACUGCUACAAUUUCUUCCAGGAUAGAUACAUGUCCAUGCAUUUGCUUGUCAAUAUGUUGAAUUACAAUGUUUGUACUCGCAGAUUGGCAUGCUAAAGAUUUUUUGUUUUGUUUUACUGUAAACUCAGUUAAGAGUCAUCAUGACUUCCGAGGUGCAACACCACUGCCUCAUAACAAUUCCUUCUUAGAUUACCUCAGGCACUGCCAGCAAGACAGGAUGGCUCUUAUCUGAGUUUACAGUAAGGAUACACAUUAAAGAAAUGUCAAAAUUUGUUGAAAGACAAUUAUCGGAUUAACAGUUUUUGUUGUUGCAAAAACUAAUGGGACCAUAAUACUACGAAAUAAUAAGAUACUGUUUGAUCCACAGAUUAGUAGAUGGUGAAUUAUAGACUAUAAUUGGAUAUAUGUAGUGCAGUGUACUUAAAAGUAUAGCUCCCAUAUAAAUUAUACUGUCAAUCAGUUUGUAUUGGAGGUGAUGGGUCAGGUGGCUAAAGUCCAAAGACUGCAGUGAUUGACUGUCGUUACGUUUUACUACUGAAUUAUUUCUAUUACAAAAUCAAAAUUCCUGAGCAGUUCCCUUCCAGUCAAGUUUAUCAUAGGCAUAGCCAGGCUUUCCAGAGAAGGGGUUGUUUUCGAAAACAGUUCAUGGGUAGUUUUGAAAACUAUUUUAAGCUCAAGGAAAUGACCAUUGUCUUAAAGUAUGCUGUCAUUGGUUGUAGGCUGUUGGAUUACAACGCCGGUGUUAAUUGACUGCCACAUGAUUAAUGGAAUGACAAGACUCAUGAUUGAUGUGAUAAAUGUAUGCUAAAUAUCAAGUACGCGGUAGAUUAGAGAUGCUUAAAAUUUGUACAUGUACAGUGGAAUCUCCCUUCGCGGACACCUCUGUUUGCAGGAUUCCCUCUAUAUAGAGUGAUAGGCAGAGUGAUUUUUGUCACAAAUAGGUUGUUUCUAUACUAUUUGUUCUCCGUUAUCAGGAGACCUCUCUUUUAGUCAUUUGUUGGUGCCAGGGGUGUCCUUAAUAGAGAGGUUCUACUGCAAUAGCUUAUAUAUUUGUUAAUAAACUGUAGAUUUAGAUUUACGAAAUCCAAUCGGGGAUGUUUUACAAUGAGCAUGGCAUUCACUAUGGCAUGUAAAGAAUCAAAAUACAUGUAGUCAUAAAGCUAUUUACAAAUGUAUGUAUGAAAUAAAAAUAUUUCUGUGUAGAAGA